UUCUUGAUUCACUCUUCGUUGGUGUCUGUGCAAAAUGAUUUUCGGUUUGCCAUAAACUAGUAAAUUGAAUGCGGGUUUAGUUCCAUUAUUGCUAGUUCUUGCGAAUGCAUAAAUUAUUAUAUAUAAAAAAGAGUUCUUGGAGAUUCUUGGCGUUCUUAGUGGGUUUCUUGUGUUCCCAUGCACGAGCUGUUCAUGUAGACAGUCAGAGUGGAAACGGGGCUUUCUGGGUUCUAAUAUCUUGAAAUGCAUUAUUGAUUCUUCUACUUAUUUUCUCCGAUCUUGCGUGAUUCUCACAGCACAUGCUGAUGCUGGUCAUGUGUUGAUAAUUUUUUUUUUUUUACCCUCGUGGGCCUGAUUUCUGCGCUUUUUCUGAGAUGAUUCUUUUUCUGUUGCUGAGAUUCUGAUGUUUGAUUUUCCAUAAAUGAGAUUGGUACUUUUUAAUAAUGCAUUAGAGAAAUCUGUAUAUUCUGUGAUCCUCGCUUUCCGCCUUGGCAAUACCUAUACGGAGAGAUGCUUGUUGUCUACCGUUUUGGUGGUUGAUUUCUAUUGAUACCAAUGUGCUGUUUUGCCUUUGCAGGUCUUCUUCUUCCAAUCUUGAACUGCAGAAAUAAUUGCAUGCCACAUGUUUGAUGUGUUUCCGAUUUGUUUAUUGGGGUUUGGGACUUGAACCUUUUGAGCCCUCCUUUAUUUGGUGAAGUAAAUCUUUAUGUUAUGAUGUGUUUUGUUAAAGAAAUGCUGUUAACGGAAACAGAGUAAAGAAAAGGGUGGUGUGAGAGUGAGAAAGAAAGAUAAAGAAAUAGGAGUAGUCAGCUUGAGUGGUAGUGGCAGCUGCCUCUGGCUUUGGGGAAUAAUUUAGUGUGUAAGUCUGUUGGUAGUGUCUCCUGUGCUGACUAGGCGAGCCCGGAGUCCGUGGGCUUUGCCGCCGAACAAGGAAACAAUCUCUUCUGUUUCUCUCUUCAUACUCAAGUUGAACCAUUUCUUUAAAAACUAAAAAAUCUGUACUAUUCUCUAUUCUCUAUAUCUCUGGAAAUUGCUCCUGCUUUGGUUGGUGUUAAGAAUUGGUCUUAUAAAGCAUGUAUCCUUCUUCUCUUUGAGUCUCCAUUGCUUUCCUCCUGAAGUUCAAGAAAUUGGCUAUAUUCAGAAAUUUGGUCCCCACGCCUAGAACCCUUCAUUCUUUGCCAUUUACAGGGCUUGUUUCCUUGAUUCGAAACAUGUUGGACAAUUGGGGUUGAGUUAUACGUGGUAGUGUGUUUUGCUGUGUGGAGUUGAUUUAGUAUGCAAGCGUAGUUUUGAAGUAUCGGAGCGAAAAACGACUCGUUGAGUUGGCAGGAUGAAGUUUAUGAAGCUUGGGUCGAAACCUGAUUGCUUUCAGGGUGAUGGGAACAACAGAAGCAGAUAUGUGGCUACUGAGAUGGAGACAGAUUUUGUAGUUCAUGUAGCCGAUGUGAAGUUCCACCUUCACAAGUUCCCUCUUCUCUCAAAAUGUGCAUGCUUACAAAAAUUGGUGUCAUCUGCUAAUGAAGGAAACAGCGACGAAGUCCACAUCCCCGAUAUUCCUGGUGGUCCCAGCGCCUUCGAAAUAUGUGCCAAGUUCUGUUAUGGGAUGACCGUCAAUGUAAAUGCUUAUAAUGUCGUGUCAGUACGUUGUGCGGCUGAGUACCUGGAAAUGAACGAGAUGAUCGAGAAGGGUAAUCUCAUCUAUAAGAUUGAUGUUUUCAUCAACUCUACCAUUUUAAGAAGCUGGAAGGACUCUAUUAUAGCUCUUCAGACCACAAAAUCCUCACUACCGUUGUCUGAGGAACUGAAGUUAAUAAGCCGCUUCAUCGAUGCUAUUGCUUCCAAGGCAUCGGUUGACAUUUCAGACGUGGAUUGGUCUUAUACCUAUAACCGGAGGAAGAACGUCGAGGAAAAUGGGAAUGAUCCCAGUUGGAAUGGCGUCAGAAGCCGAACAGUGCCAAAUGAUUGGUGGGUCGAGGACUUAUGCGACCUUGAGAUAGACUUGUAUAAGCGGGUUAUUGCCAGCAUAAAGAACAAAGGAGUAAUGCCCAAUGAAGUGAUUGGCGAAGCUCUAAAAGCUUAUGCUUAUCGAAAGCUACCAAACUCUGGCAACAAGGGUGUAAUCCAAUAUAACGAUGUCUUAAAAGCGCGUGCAAUAUUGGAUACAAUUGUGUGGCUUUUACCUGUGCAAAAAGGCAACGUCUCAUGUAGUUUCUUGCUAAAGUUGUUAAAAGCAGCUGUAUCAGUAAAUUCAGGAGAAAUGGUGAAAAUGGGGCUAGUGAAAAGAAUAGGGCAGCAAUUGGAGGAAGCCUCUGUUAAUGAUCUACUAAUCCGAGCUUGUGAUGGGGAAGCAAUGAUGUAUGAUGCUGUUUUAGUCCAGAAAAUACUUGAAGAAUACAUUAUACAAGAUCGGAAUGCUCAAACUGAAAUGGAGAAUGGCGAUGAAAUUGAGGAGAUUGGAACUCCGGGAAUCUUGUCAGAUGCUUCAAAGCUGAUGGUGGCGAAGCUAAUUGAUGGUUAUCUUGCUGAGAUUGCCAAAGAUCCUAAUCUACCUCUGUCGAUGUUCGUUGGUAUAGCAGAGAUGGUCUCUAGCUUUCCGAGACCGGUACAUGAUGCUCUAUAUCAGGCUAUUGAUACAUAUCUCAAGGAGCAUCCAGGGAUCAACAAGAGCGAGAAGAAAAGAAUAUGCAAGCUGAUGGACUGCAAGAAGCUCUCAGCAGACGCCUGCAUGCACGCUGUACAAAACGAGAGACUUCCUCUACGUGUUGUUGUACAGGUGCUCUUCUUUGAGCAAGCCCGUGCUGCCACUUCAUCCGGCUGCAGCACACCCGAUCUAGCCAAAGCUGUCAAAGACCUGAACUGCGGCUCGUACAGGAGCUCAAGAUCAGCAACAGCUAAUGCCGAUGAAGACUGGGAGGCUAUUGCCUCAGCGGAAGAACUCAGAACCCUCAGAGGAGAGCUGGCAGCCUUUAGACUGGGAAACAGCGAUAGAAGUAGUGCAGAAAAUAGGAUGAGCAACGCUGACAAGACUGCCAUCGGUAAAAUGAAAGGUUUAAUCAUGUCGAAGAAGAUGUUGUCGAAAAUCUGGUCGAAUAAAGUUGGUCAGGCUGAGAACAGCGGCUCGGAUUCAUCGGACAGUCUCGGCUCGACUAACCAAGACGACGUUAAGUGUACACCCCCGCGGAAAGGGAGGAAUUCUGUUUCUUAGUAUGAAUAAACCUAGAAAUAUUUAGAUUUUGCUGGUCAUGCUUUGUUCUCUCAAAAUGACAUUAGAAUGCUACAAGAUUAGUUGUUCUUUUGCUUGAAUCAAGAAUAUAGGCUAUGGUCUGGAGGACUUAAUGAUGUCUCUAAUGCAGAAAAAGCAAUUGGUGCAAAAAUCACUCUAUUACUACAUUUUGAUUGUCAAAUGCUCUCUGCGACAAGAAGUAAUGUAAGA